CUAACCCUAACCCUAACCCUAACCCUAACCCUAACCCUAACCCUAACCCUAACCCUAACCCUAACCCUAACCCUAACCCUAACCCUAACCCUAACCCUAACCCUAACCCUAACCCUAACCCUAACCCUAACCCUAACCCUAACCCUAACCCUAACCCUAACCCUAACCCUAACCCUAACCCUAACCCUAACCCUAACCCUAACCCUAACCCUAACCCUAACCCUAACCCUAACCCUAACCCUAACCCUAACCCUAACCCUAACCCUAACCCUAACCCUAACCCUAACCCUAACCCUAACCCUAACCCUAACCCUAACCCUAACCCUAACCCUAACCCUAACCCUAACCCUAACCCUAACCCUAACCCUAACCCUAACCCUAACCCUAACCCUAACCCUAACCCUAACCCUAGCGUGUGGGAACGCGCGACAGGCCGGUGGUAUGUACGAUCGCUCACAGAUGGCAGAAUCAAACGCUUUGAUGGCCUUGGCCGAAGUGGCCGAGCAGUUUCGAGCAGAAGUGGCCGAGCACUGUUGA